UGAGGCACGUUGCAUGCUUCUAGUUGUAGUGAGGCAUGAUAAGCUCUUGAUGUGAACACCAACUAACUUGGAUCUUUUUUAAGUUGACUUUUUUAUUUAUACUCUUUCAUACGUAUAGGUAUAACCAUAUAUUAAUUUUAUAAAAAAUGCUCUUGUUCUCUGGCUCUACUUAACCGCUGCCCCCGUCUUCCCUGCAGCUAGUUUGAGUUCCACCCUACCCCCUUUUGACUUUUAUACUCAUGGAAGGUGAUACCGGAGUUACUGACAACGGUGGCGCUGCUCCUAAAACCAUUCUAUCUCCUCCACAACAGUCUUCUUCAUGGAGGCUCAACAUCGACCGCUUUCGUCUUCCAGAACCUUCUAAUUCUAACUCUACUGAUCGGUUUUCGGGUUUCCGUCGUCUCUUCCGCCCUUUUCCAAGGAAGCGUGGAAAGGUACGGGAGUACUACAAGAAGCAGGAACGAUUGUUAGCAGGAUUCAAUGAGAUGGAAACAAUCAAUGAAUCCGGAUGUUUACCUGAAAGCUUAACUGAGGAUGAAAUGGAGAAUCUGGCUAAGAGCGAGAGAAUGGCGAUCACAGUGUCGAAUGUGGCUAACUUGGUUCUUUUCAUAGCAAAAGUAUAUGCUUCUUUAGAGAGCAGAUCAUUAGCUGUCAUUGCUUCAACCUUGGAUUCACUUUUGGACUUGUUAUCAGGGUUUAUUUUAUGGUUUACUUCAUAUGCCAUGAGAUAUCCGAAUCAGUUUCAUUAUCCGAUAGGGAAGAACAGGAUGCAGCCUGUUGGCAUUGUUGUGUUUGCAUCAGUAAUGGGAACUCUUGGAUUCCAGAUAUUGCUAGAGUCUGGUAGGCAACUUAUUGCCAAGACUCACCCUGACACGAAUAAAUAUAAUGAAGAAUGGGUGAUUGGCAUCAUGGUAAGCGUGACCGUGGUGAAGUUUAUAUUGAUGGUCUAUUGCAGGAGAUUCAAAAAUGAAAUCGUUAGGGCGUAUGCUCAAGAUCAUUUCUUUGAUGUUAUCACCAAUUCCAUAGGAUUAGCUUCAACUGUCUUAGCCGUUCGCUACAAGUGGUGGAUUGACCCUGUGGGAGCUAUUGUGAUAGCACUUUAUACAAUCAGCACAUGGGCGAGGACGGUCAUGGAGAACGUGAGGUCGUUAAUAGGGAGAUCGGCCCCACCAGAUUUCCUAGCGAAACUGACUUAUUUGGUAUGGAACCACCAUAAGGAAAUAAAGCAUAUUGACACAGUGAGAGCAUACACAUUUGGUUCUCAGUAUUUUGUGGAGGUAGAUAUUGUGUUGCCAGAAGAUAUGCCACUCGGCCAAGCUCAUAAUAUCGGUGAAAUGCUACAAGAAAAGCUUGAACAACUGGCAGAAGUCGAGCGAGCCUUUGUUCAUGUCGACUUUGAAUUUAGUCACAGACCUGAACACAAAGCCAAGGUCUAACCUUCUAUCAUUUAACACUUCUUUUUUGUUUCAGCUAAAUAAACAAACAAGCUUUGUGAACAAUUUUUCUAUGACCAUUUUAGGAUUGUAAUUUGUUGUCUAGUUGUAUUGGUUUAGAAUUUGGCAGAUAUAUCGAAUUUGAGUGGAUUCUUGUGGUGAUGUACUGAUGUCGAUUAAGUUUUCUUUUAUAUUGAUUGAUUUCUUUGUUGA